ACUAUAGUUUGUAAAGAACUUAUAAAUAGAACAAGAUAUUUUCAUUUCAAGUUAAAUAAAAAAUAACCAUUUCAUUUUGGGAUAGAUUAGAUUUCACAUCAUAACGCUUACUGUUGGCUCAUCAGUCAUUCCAUCUCCUUAAUUUAGUUGGAGAUGAUAAGAUUCCAGCUACCGCCCAAUUCCAAAGUUUCUCAAAUUGUAAAUGACAAGAAAGGUCAUGUUAGGUACUUUGAGGAAAGAAACUCAGCAACAAGAGUUUACCAUACAGGAUUGAGAGUUUGAGACGUACCUUUUAGCAUUGAUGGCUAUUGGCUGUGUGAAUAAUUGUGAUUAAAUCGGUAUCAGACUUCCUUUAGAAAAUGGACGUAGUUUUCUUUCUCUUUUUGGUUCCCCAGUCAUUCUCCAUUUGGCUGCUUUCAAUCAGGGCCACUAAUUUUUAAUUCGAUUUACGUACUUAAUACGAACUCAACAAGAAAUUAAAUGUUAAGGUUCAAGGAUCUAACCCGUUUAAUUAAAAAAGAUGUGUUAGAAUUUACUUGUAUAAUCUUAUAUUUAUACUUGAACAUGAUUUGAAUUGGAUACACCAAUGACAAUUUUUGAUACGACUUGUAAACUUGACAUGAAAUUAGCGACUUGAGAUUAAGAGAUCUAAAUUAAAUGAAUAUAUAAUCUUAUAUCUACACGCCGCCACCCUACUUUCAACUGCAAAUGACAAAAUUUAUCCUUGCUUUUAACCAAGUUCUUUGACAAAGAAGAAGGCUGACCAGUAACCACUCACCCACUCGCCUGUGGCCCUGAAAGGUUAAGUCAUGCUACUCUUUUCUUCAGAAUAAAGUAGGGAGAAAGUAACAAAGGGGGAAGUGAAAAGGCCGUGAUGAACACGGCAGCCGAUUCCUCAAUUAUUGUUUAGAGUCUACAUGAGACUAUAUGUUAGAUAUAUCUUCAUCUUCCAGUGCUGAUAUAGUUGGCUAGUUAUUCACUCUAGAAGACCUAUGCUUUACAGUUUACACCUAAACCGGUCUCCUCCUUAGGUAGCAAACUCAAUGGGCUUGUUUUGAGUUGAAAAUAAACAUUAUGGCUGUCGAACACUCUUUCCAAGUAGCUAAUAAUGGUUCCUGUGAUGACGAUGGGCAUCCGAAAAGAACUGGAACCUUACGGAGUUGCGUCGCUCAUAUCAUUACUGCUGUUAUUGGAGCUGGAGUUCUGUCUCUGGCAUGGAGUACUGCACAGUUAGGAUGGAUAGCAGGGCCAGCUUCCUUGCUCUGUUUUGCAAUUAUCACCUAUAUUUCUGCAUUCCUCCUUUCCGAUUGUUACAGGUGUCCUGAUUCCAUAACCGGAACACGAAACUACUCUUAUAUGGAUGCUGUUAGAGUGAAUCUUGGAAAAAAACAUACGUGGUUUUGUGGUUUCCUGCAAUAUUUCAGCUUAUAUGGGACUGGUAUUGUUUAUGUAAUCACUACAGCAACCAGUAUGAGAGCAAUUCAGAGAUCAAACUGUUACCACAGAGAAGGGCACCAAGCUGCAUGUACAUAUGGGGAUACUUUUUACAUGCUUCUGUUUGGACUUAUUCAGAUUGUCAUGUCACAGAUUCCUGAUUUCCAUAACAUGGAAUGGCUUUCGAUCGUUGCUGCGCUCAUGUCCUUUACCUACUCUUUUAUCGGAUUCGGACUUGGCGUUGCAAAAGUAAUAGAAAAUGGAACGAUUAUGGGGAGCAUUUCAGGAGUCCCAACUACUAAUAUUGCUGAUAAAUUAUGGUUAGCCUUUCAAGCACUUGGGGACAUUGCAUUCGCCUAUCCAUACUCAAUUAUUGUUCUUGAGAUACAGGACACUUUGAGGUCCCCACCUGCAGAAAACCGGACCAUGAAGAAGGCCUCGAUGGCUGCCAUCUUUAUCACAACCUUCUUCUACCUCUGCUGUGGAUGCUUUGGAUAUGCAGCCUUUGGGAAUGCUACUCCAGGAAACCUAUUGACUGGAUUUGGUUUCUAUGAACCUUACUGGCUCAUUGACCUUGCUAAUGCUUGCAUUGUUCUCCAUUUGGUGGGAGGAUAUCAGAUCUAUUCUCAGCCCGUAUUUGCAUUUGCUGAAAGAUGGUUUACCAAGAAAUUUCCAAACAGUGGGUUUGUAAAUAAUUUCUACACCUUCAAACUCCCACUGUUGCCGGGAUUCAAGUGGAAUCUUCUCAGGCUAUGUUUCCGAACUGCAUAUGUCAUAUCAACCACUAUAAUUGCAAUGCUGUUCCCUUACUUCAACCAAGUCUUGGGACUCUUAGGGGCCUUGAACUUUUGGCCUUUGACCAUUUAUUUCCCUGUGGAAAUGUACUUUGUACAAAAGAAAAUAGGGGCUUGGACAAAGAAAUGGAUUGUUCUUAGGACAUUUAGCUUGGUUUGCUUUGUUGUGACUGUUUUGGGUUUGAUCGGUUCACUUGAAGGACUUAUAAGCGCCAAGUUGAGCUGAGGGAUACAUGUAAUUCCCAAAAUGAAUUGGGAGAAAACAAUGUAUACAUACGUUAUGUUAUAGUGUCAACAAGUUUGGACAAGAAGAGGGACACGAUGGAAAGCUUGAACAGCAAGGUGGACAACUCGAAUGAAGAUCAGACAAGAAGAGAUGAAACUUUUUCUCUGUUAUCAAGAGUUCAGUUACCUAACUUUCAGUUUUCAGCCUAUCUGAUCUACUCUGAUUAUGCUUAUUUUGAAUUGGUUGCUUAAUUAUCAGAUUGUACAAUUUGAUUAGAGCAGUAAUUUAUAUUGUAAUCAACGUAUACUGUAUACACUCAUAAAUUGUAACUAUAGUCAAUAAAUAUAUUGAUACA